CAGAAUGGUAAAUCUGAAAAGCAAGCCAUAUCCCCGCAGACGUGAUAUCUGAACAAAACGAAAGUCGUCGCAAGUCGCAGUCGGAAACCGCGUUUUUCCCACUCUUACCGUUCUGUCAUUUUCUUUGGAAAUUGAGAGGAAAUCUUUCAUUUCGAUCCUCUCGCCUUGCCUUUUUCUUCUAUCACUCAUUUCUCUUGCACCAUACCUCACACCUUUCAACUCCGGCCUUUCCUGAUCAGUUUCAAGUUCCGGUUCAACCACAGAAGCCAAUGCAUAGAACGAGAUCAGAUACUACUGAAGUUCAUUGUUGAAUAGCCAGACAAUCAGUAGCAGAGAUAAACACCCAAAAAUGAAGAAGGAAUUCCCAUCCCUUUCUUCUGGAUAUGUUAUCUUCCUUGUUGUCAAGACUCUAUUACUUCUAGAGACAGCAGUGGGAGAUCCAAGAACCCAAACUGUCCAAGUAGCGUGUGGGCACCAACUUGAGCACAAUGCCACUAUCUUUGUUCCAAAUUUUGUAGCUACAAUGGAAAACAUCAGCGAACAAAUGCGAGUUUCAGGCUUUGGAGUAGCAGUGACAGGUUCAGGCCCUGAUAAUAACUUUGGCCUUGCCCAGUGCUAUGGAGAUCUUCCAUUACUCGACUGUGUAUUGUGCUAUGCUGAGGCACGCACGGUGCUGCCCCAGUGCUUUCCUUACAAUGGGGGUCGGAUUUACCUCGAUGGUUGCUUCAUGAGGUCCGAGAAUUAUAGCUUCUUUCAGGAGUAUAAAGGACCGGGCGACACAGCCGUGUGUGGGAAUUCAACAAGGAAGAACUCAACAUUUGAAGCAUCUGUGAGAGAAGCUGUGACGCAGGCAGUGGUGGCUGCACCGAACCAGAAAGGCUAUGCAAGAGCUCAGGUAACUGUUACUGGGGCAGUGAAUGAGUCAGCUUAUGUGCUGGCUGAUUGUUGGAGGAGUUUGAAUGCAAGCUCUUGUAGGCAGUGCUUGGAUAAUGCAUCUUCUUCAAUAUUUGAAUGCUUGCCUUGGUCGGAAGGGCGAGCAUUGUAUACCGGCUGCUUCAUGAGGUACUCGGACAAAGAUUUCCUCAACAAACAGCCCGGAAAUGGAAGUUCAAGAGGUACCACAAUAGUGAUAGUAGUUUCGGUAGUGAGUUCGGUGGUUGUUUUGGUAGUUGGAAUAGCUAUUGGAGUUUAUAUCUGGAAGCGCCGACACAUACAGAAGAAAAGAAGAGGUUCAAAUGAUGCAAGAAAGUUGGUGAAAACACUCAACGACAGUAGCUUGAACUUCAAGUAUUCCACAAUAGAGAAGGCUACAGGAGCCUUUAACGACGCCAACAAGCUUGGGCAAGGAGGAUUUGGUACUGUUUAUAAGGGAGUUUUGCCUGAUGGACGAGAGAUUGCUGUCAAGAGACUUUUCUUUAACAAUAGACAUAGAGCAGCGGAUUUCUACAAUGAAGUUAACAUGAUAAGCAGUGUGGAACACAAAAAUCUAGUCAGGUUAUUAGGAUGCAGUUGCUCAGGACCGGAAAGCCUACUUAUCUAUGAAUUCCUACAUAACACAAGUCUUGAUCGCUUCAUCUUUGACACAAACAGAGGUAAAGUACUAAACUGGGAGAAGAGAUACGAGAUUAUUGUUGGGACAGCAGAAGGUUUGGUCUACUUGCACGAGAACUCCAAGAUCAGAAUCAUUCAUAGAGAUAUAAAAGCCAGUAAUAUCUUAUUAGACUCGAGGCUUCGUGCUAAAAUUGCCGAUUUUGGGUUGGCUAGGUCUUUCCAAGAAGAUAAGAGCCACAUAAGCACGGCCAUUGCAGGAACACUAGGAUACAUGGCUCCAGAAUACCUAGCCCACGGCCAGUUAACAGAAAAGGUCGAUGUCUACAGCUUUGGAGUGCUUGUGUUAGAGAUUGUUACGGGAAGGCAAAACAACAGGAGCAAAACCUCAGAAUACUCGGAUAGUCUAGUCACAAUAACAUGGAAGCAUUUUCGAUCAGGGACAGUUGAGCAAUUAUAUGAUCCAAAUAUGAUGUUGCAUAACCACCAGGACAGAAAUGUGACGAAUGAGGUUUGCAGAGUGAUGCAUAUUGGACUUCUGUGCACCCAAGAGGCUCCGUCAUUACGACCAACAAUGUCGAAGGCACUACAGAUGUUAACAAAGAAGGAGGAGCACCUUCCUGCACCUACAAAUCCACCAUUUAUGGAUGAAGGGACCAUGGAAUUGAAUGACACGUGCGAGAACCCAUUUUACCCUUUCAAAGCAGGAAUUUCUGAUUCAAUUGCCACCGUUGCCGACAGUUCUUUCUAUCCCAGGUGACCAUAUUGCUACAAUCUCCGGCAGUUCUUUCUGUCCCUGGUGAAUCUAAGCGGGUUGAGAGUGGCUGUUUUCUCUGAAAAACCAGUGCUCAUAAGUUGUCUAUUGAAAGAAACCACAAAUCUAAGAUUGCAACCAGGCGUCAGCUUCUUGUUAUUGGCAUUUGGCAGUCGACUCAAGGAACUCGAGAAAUUCUAGAUAUGUUAAUGAGGGCUUCAACAAACAACUCUCCCAAGUUUGAGUUUGAGGAAGUAUAUAGAUAUGUGUAUACAGACGUCUCAGCCUGUCUAACACAGGAUAUAGCUCCCUACAUAGCAGUCUUUUUAAUUGUUUGAGAUAUACAUGAGCAAAAAAGGAAAUUCGGGCAACUAUUGUGCCAAUUGUUUAACAUAACAUACCAACCAAUAAGAGUACAUUAUAGUUCUAGAGGGCUUACUCUAGUGGUGAACAUAAA